CUUCGGGCCACGCUAAUCCCAUUUUCUUCUAUCGCAGCCUCGUCCCGUAGACAAAAUGGUGAAGGUCGGUGUGAACGGAUUUGGCCGUAUUGGGCGCCUGGUUACCAGGGCUGCCUUCCUCUCUGCAAGUGGCAAAGUGGAGAUUGUUGCCAUCAACGACCCCUUCAUUGACCUCAACUACAUGGUCUACAUGUUCCAGUAUGACUCCACCCACGGCAAGUUCAACGGCACAGUCAAGGCUGAGAAUGGGAAGCUUGUCAUCAAUGGGCAGCCAAUCACCAUCUUCCAGGAGCGAGAUCCCGCUAACAUCAAAUGGGGUGAUGCUGGUGCUGAGUACGUCGUGGAGUCCACUGGUGUCUUCACCACCAUGGAGAAGGCCGGGGCCCACUUGAAGGGUGGGGCCAAAAGGGUCAUCAUCUCCGCCCCUUCUGCUGAUGCCCCCAUGUUCGUGAUGGGUGUGAAUCAUGAGAAAUACGACAAGUCACUCAAGAUCGUCAGCAAUGCAUCCUGCACCACCAACUGCUUAGCCCCCCUGGCCAAGGUCAUCCAUGACAACUUUGGCAUCGUGGAAGGGCUCAUGGUGCGUAGGAAUGGGAACUGGGAGCUGCGUGUGCUUCCUGCCUUACUCUGCCAUGAGUGGACCCCUCUUUGCGGGUGUCCCUUUUGGGUAAAGGGGUGCCCUGCAAGACCUCACUUAUUGCUUCCAUGUUUUCUAGACCACAGUCCAUGCCAUCACUGCCACUCAGAAGACUGUGGAUGGCCCCUCUGGAAAGCUGUGGCGUGA